CCAUUGUCCGAGUGUUGCCUCGCUUAUAUUAUAUAUACGCUUUGGUCUGGCCUACAGCCCUACCAGUACCUGUCGACUAGAUACCGGUAAGAUACAGUAGACUACCUGAGUUUACUAAAUCAGUACCGUAAAUUAAAUAAUGCUGCAAUCACUCUACCAUUGCCGGUAUGCAUGCAAAUAUUGUGCUCUUCUUAUGAUAUUGCAGUAUUACGGUAUGUGGCAAAUCGUUCUAACUUUGUCUUAUUACAGAUUCAGAUUGGGUUCAACGAAUUAUACUAUAGCCUAGUAAAUCUUCCCGCUGUAGGCCUAAAUAGAAGAGCAGAAACUUUGUGCCAAAGAAAAGAACUGAAAAAAGCAUGGCAGGCGGCUUGGUUAUUGAGAGCAACAACAUGUAUUGAUUCAAACGAACAAAGACUUUGCUAUAAAGCUCAACAUCCAAUCAGAGAUGAUUUAAUUGAAGCUUUCGACAUGAAGGAUGCUGUUGCAACUGGCUUUUCUGCAGGACAGACUCCUUUGGAAAUCAAAUUGAUCGAAAUUCAAAGGGCAGUCGAGUCGGGAGCUUCUGAAAUUGAUAUUGUGAUUUCGAGGACCGAAGCUUUACAUGGAGAUUGGAAAGGCAUUUUCGAAGGCAUGUAAGAAAGCAUGUGGUGAAUGUAUUCCUAUGAAAACAAUACUCGAAACAGGAGAUUUAGGAACUAUGACAAAUGUUUAUAAAUCAAGUCUGGUAGCAAUGAUGGCUGGUAAGUAUUGUAGGAUAGGGUUUACAUAUUUAUCCCGGGGGAUAGAAUUGAUGAUAAGAUGGCUUAACCAAAUGGCAUAUUCCUGGCGCUUAGUAUAUGAGCCACACCGCCGCACCUAAAUUCCAACUUCCAAAUAAAUUAACCCAUAAUUUUGUAAGCUUUUAAAUUUUUAUUUGAUUCCAGUCAAGAGUCUUGUUGCAUACUUUUUCUAGUCAUUGUUGUUGGUCUCGAAUAGUCUGAUCCCCGUCAACGUUGCAGAAAUACAUUUGUGUUAGUAUGCAGCAAAACUUUUGAAUCAAAUAUGAAUAGUUACCUUUAUUCUUGCUAUAGCAUCUUUGCAUUAUAUAUACACUUACGGUUCCACUGCUGCAAUAGCAUGGAGCAAGGAGUACUCCCGAAGUAUGUGUACCAAGUUAGGGUUAGGCCAUACUUUUAUCCUGAUUUUCCUUGUUUAUCAAUUCCAUUACGAGCUCGGGGACUGUGAGUGUUAGCCAAGUGAAUAUACCCCGUCCAUAGGUUUCAGUCCCGUUACACAAAUUGAUGUAAAAUAAGUGAACAAAAUUAGUUAUUUCCAAAUUGGUAUACAUACAGCGCCGAGCAAGUUAAAUUAGUUGGGCUCACGUAUCCCUGAUAAAACUUAGUAGAGUCACAAUAUACAACAAAAAUUAAAAUAACUGUCAGAUAGGUUACGCAUAUGAAUUCACUCGUGCAAAACGGCACGAAAAGGUCUGAUGUAACCUAUCUGUUAGUUAUUUUAAUUUUUGUUAUACAUUGUCACUUUGAUUUACGCCCAUGUGAACUCAUAGUUCAGCUUGAAAUAUAAAAAUAACUUUAAUAUCCGCCGCUGCGUGAGAAUUAUUACUUGUGGAAAAAAAGCUUUAAAAAAUAGUGCAACAAUAAUUAGGAUGUUGGCCUCUGAAACGGUCACAGUGACAAAAAAUAAUCCGCGAUUGUGACAAAAUUAGGAAGUAAACACUCGGCCUUGUUACCGAGUUUUUUAGUCUUUAGUAAGUGUCUAUUAACUUAAAAUAAAUGUUCAAAUUAUUUUAUUAGGAAAAAUCUGAUUUUGCCAGUCUCUAAUCACGUGUAGAAACAUAGUAUGUGUACCAGGUUAGAGUUAGGUCAAAUUUCUUUCCAAUUUUCCUUAUUUUAGUUAUAUUCCGAGUUCAGGGACUAGCCAAGUGACUCCCGUAGUAUUUGUACCUGAAAUUAUGGCCUAAUCAUAACCUGGUACACAUACUACGUUCCGGAAGGAAGUACUAUUUAAUGAAUAACACAUAAUUUUUGACUGUUGGAGACAUUUCAAUUUAAUCGUGUGUUUUGUUCAAUUGUGUGUUUUGUUCAAUUGUGUGCAAACUUUACUCAAUACAGAGUUUAAAGAUGCAAUAAAUAAUAUACACACUU